AGCAAAUAAGAUUGAGGAGCCACAUUGAAGCUCUUCUUUGUCUUAACUGGACACAAACUCGCUUUCUUUAACGGCAUUGAAGAUGGGCAGUGAAGACUUAGACAACAAGAUUCAAGAUUUUCAGUGCCCUUCUUCUCCAUUGUCUCUCAGUCUCCCUCACGUUAACUACAGCUGCGGUUCUUGUGGGUAUCAGUUAAACUUGAACUCUUGCAACCGGAACACUCCAGAUAUUGGAGUUAAUUACAAGAAAUCCAUAAAGAAAGGAAGUAUUUCAUUCUUCAGCAUUGAUGAAACCAGGUUCACUCAAAUUGAAGAACUUCGAUGUACACCAUACUUCAAUUCCAUGCGUUCCUGGGGUUUAUUCCAGCGAAGAACCAAGCUUCUUUGUUACAAAUGUGGAAAUCAUCUUGGGAUUGCUUACAAAGAGAAUAAUACCUCUUCCUCCCCUCUCAGAUUGGGGAAAUGUCGAUCAGAUUUGAUCUCUUGGGAUGGGAUUUCUGAUGCCAGAAUUUAUGUUAUCAAGAUACGUUCCUUGCAGCCUGCUUCUACUGAGGACUAUAGUUUGAGCUGAGCAGUGUCUGAUGCUUUCAUGUUGGUGCUGAAGUGUAAGAUUCAUCUCGCAUUAUUGUUUUAUCAGAAUUUCCUGCACGAUUGGUUUCUGGUUCUGAUGUGCCAAUUUGAUUAACAUCAUCAACACUGUUAGGUGCAGCAAUUUACAUACUGAUACAUAUAAAAGGGGAGUUGCAGUGCACUUGUGCACUUGGAAGCGUUGAUUGGGAACUCUUAUAUGCUCUUAUUGUCUUUUUUCUUGAUGUUUGAGGGCUAAGAGCAGCUUGUAAUUCGGGGUCUAGUAGCAGCCGUGUCUGUUAUCAGUUAUUUUUUGUAUUGUUUUAUAGUUCAUGCAUAAAAGUGUGAUGUAAUAAGUUUUGAACAGAGAAUACAAACGUUUCAGCAGUUACAGUCU